GAAGAAGAAGAAGAAGAAGAAGGCCCAUAGCGGCUACAAGAUAUGAACAGAAAACUCUUGUUAGUGUUAAAAGACUUUAAGAAGUGAAGAUUGUUUUCCUUCUUCAAAAAUGUUCUUUGUUGGACACAAAGAAGUUAAAAACCAACAAGUAGGACGUAUGACAACACAAAAUAGAGCUUCGGUUUAAGAGUUGUUUGAAGCUAAGCUAUUUAGCUAAGCUAAGCUAGCUGCUUGUAGACAGGAACAAAGUUUAGCAGCAAUGACGGGGAGCGAAGUGUGUUUUUGUGGAGGAAAAAGUACUCGUGUGAAAACGCCUGCAGUCCAGACGGUGAGAGAAUUAGUUUACCAGCGUCUCAGUAUCGUAGCUGAAGAGCUGAAUCAGCGCCUCGCUGCAGUAGCUGCAGAGAUCGCUGGUCUGUUUGAAGAGCAACUUUGUUCUCCUCCUCAACACGGUGACCAACAACAUAAACUGCUGGAUACUGUUCCGAAGACUGGAGAUCACAGAGCAGAUCUGCAUCAUCAUUUGGUGACUGAAGAAGAGGUUUUCUUUCAACAACAGGAAUGGAACCCAGUUGUGGACCAGAAAGAACCAGAAGCAACACAAACGGAAGAGAAACUGGGUGAUUUCUGGACCAUCCAUAAUGGAGAAGAGCUUCAACAGUUGGAAGAGGUGGAUGUCACCAAGUUUCCAAUUAUACUCAAUGUAAAGAGUGAGAAUGAUGAAGAGAAUCCUCAGCUGUUGGUCAGUAAAGAACUGAAUUCCCCUGAGUCAGGGGACUGGAGCACUAAUGUGAGCCAUGAAGAACCAGAGCCACCACAGAAUAAACAGGAACAGGAGGAAUGCUGGACCAGUCAGGAGGAAGAACAGCUUCAACAGUUGGAAGAGGUGGAUGCCAUCAAGUUUCCGAUGAAAGACACCUGUCUUGAAGACUCUCAACUGCAUGAUUCUACAUCAGUGAGUGAAGAUGUUCCUGAUGCCUCCUCUAAAAACAAAGGUAGUGAUGCUCAUCUUCAACCAAAGCAAACAAAAUACCAGUCCCGUGAUCCUUUAUUCAGUGACAUUGGUCCAAAAAGAACCUCAAUCACCGACCAUGAGACUUGUGACAACAAAAGAAUUACAGCAGAAGUCACUCAAGCAGAAGAACGCAGCUCAAACCAGGAGACUGUUGGCAGUUUAGUUGUUGGUGCUUUAAACAAAAUAAAUGGCACCAGAGUAAAUGACAAGAGACAUUAUUGUUUGUAUUGCAAGAGGCCUUAUGUGAAGAUUGCACGGCAUCUACAAGAGGUGCACAACGAUGAGCUGGAUGUGGCUAAAGCUAUGAGCUUUCCAAAGAGUUCUGAAGAGAAAAAAAAAUGCCUAGAACUCAUACGAAACAAAGGCAACCAUGCUCACAACACGGCGGUUAUGAAGACAGGGAAAGGGGAACUCAUACCCCGUAAACGACCACGUAAAGAAGUGCUGGGAAGUAAAUUCAUUCACUGUGAAUACUGCCAUGGACUUCUUAGAAGAAACGUCUUUUUGAAACACAUGAAACUGUGUAAACAUAAACCUGAAUCAUUGCCCACGAAACCAGGAAUGACUAUGCCUUCACACUUCAGUAAACAAUUUUGGCAAGUAGUUGGUGUCAUGAAUCAUGAUCCAAUCACAGAUAUAGUAAAAAAUGACAGUGUCAUUAUUGAAGUUGGGAAGCACCUGUUAAACAAAGGUGGGAUGUCGGCUAAGAAUCAACAGUUUGUGCGAGACAAAAUACGAGGAAUGGGAAGACUAAUCCACAGUGCUAGGAGAGUUACCAACCUAACAAAAAUGGAGGAUUUCAUAAAUCCUAAGAAUUUCUUGGCGACAGUCAAAGCUGUCAAGGUGACUUGCGGAUAUGAUAGUGCCACUAACAUGUUCUCUGUUCCAUCACUGGCAUAUAAACUUGGGAAUGCCUUGGUUCAAGUUAGCAAAUUCUUAAAAGCUAAGGGAUUGUCAGCAAACAACCAAACACUUGUCAGGAAUGCCACUGAGUUUCAAAAGGUCUACAGUAACAAAUGGAACUCGAUGGUCUCUCUGACAGCACUGACGAAGACAACAAAGUGGAAUGUGCCCAAUCUAAUCUCCUUCACUGAGGAUAUGCAAAAAAUUCAUCAGUUUCUCGGGCAAAUGCAACUUCAGUGCAGCAGUGAGAUCUCGAAGUGUUCAUCGACAAAGGUCUGGGUGGAUCUGGCAGAGGUUUGUUUAGCACAGACCAUCCUCUUUAACCGACGCAGGGAAAGAAGGGUGUCAAGCAUUACCUUGUCAGAAUUUUUGUCAAGGGACACGUCUGAUCCACAUCCGGAUUUGGAUUGGUCACUUUCUGAAGUGGAAACGAAACUUUGCCAUCAUUUCUCAAGGUUUGUCACCACGACGAAGCAAGGUAGACCGGUUCCAAUCCUUGUGACUCCAAAAAUUCUGUGUGCGUUAGAACUCCUUGUUAAGCAAAGGAAGGCUUGUGGGAUUCUAAAAGACAAUAUCUAUUUGUUUGCAAGACCUGCAGCAAUGACACAUUUAAGUGGUACAGGCUGUAUCCGUGGCUUUGCAGAGGCAUGUGGGGCAAAGUGUCCCAAAGCAUUGGUGUCCACCAAACUACAAAAGCAUGCUGCAGCCCUUUCAACAGUGCUGAACAUGGCAGACACAAAUUUGGACCAGCUGACCAACUUCCUUAGUUAUGACGUUGCAAUCCAUUGUGAGUUAGACCGGCUGCCCGAGAAGACGUUGCAUCUCGCCAAGAUCAGCAAAGUUCUAAUGGCGCUUGAGCAAGGACGAUUAGCAGAAUUCCGUGACAAGAACUUGGAUCAAAUCAUCAUAUAUCCAGAUGAAAAAGUCCUGGGUAGUGAUGCAGAAGGUGGGUGCAGAGAAGAAGAACUGUCUGAAGAGGAGAGUCUUCCACCUACUGUAGGGGAUGAAAUCUCUCCAACGCACAAGAGACGCAAACCAUCAUCGCCAGUGGAUGAGAUGCCUUCAUUGAAAACUACUUCCAAAGCCAAGGGUAGACAACCUUCUGAAGGGGAUGGAAUCCCACCAAAGAAAAUGAAGCGCAAAUUGUCACCAGUAGGAGGCGGUGCUGUGAGACAUUCCAAAGAUAAAGUGUUACGGAAAAGAAAGUUCUGGCAGCAGGCGGAGGUGCAAGCUGUGGAGAGACAAAUGGAUCCAUUCAUCCGUUCUUGUGUUGUACCAGCGAAGCGUGAUUGCGAAAAAUGUUUGAGGGCAGAACCAGAAGCUCUCAAAAACCGAAAUUGGCAGACCUUAAAAUUUUACGUUCAUAACCGCAUUCAAGCGUACAAAAAGAAAGUGCAGCGCUAACAGUGUGGAGAUUAAUAACUAAGUUUGUAGCAGUUUUUUUUUACACUUGUAUUUGUCAAGAAACAAAUUCCCUGAGCCAUUAAGGCACUGAAUUACUUUUCUAUAUUUUCUGUACUUGAAAUCAAUUUUAUCCAUCACAGUGACAUUUAAUCUCUUAGAGUUGAUCGCAGCUACGGGGAUUCCAGUCAGGUAGUAACAGUGGCUCUAUUGAGUAAACUGGGUGUUGCAAUCAAUUCUGUGUGUGUUUGAAAAAAAAAAAAAAACAGCUGGACAGAUUUUCACCAAACUCCAUGUGGAUAUUACUUGAGGUAGUGUCCCCAGAUGAUAAACUUUUAGAACAGAUUGGUCAAAGUUCAAGGUCAAUGUCAACCAAAACAUAGUCCAAAAAACAAAACCAUAUUGACCAUAAUAUCUCAGCUACCGAUAUGGCUAGAGAUGUGAUCAAAACCUCAUAUUUAUCAGUAAAAUACUUGUGACCACAUAUGGCCACUCAAAGCUAACUGCAUAUAUUGCUGACAGUGAGUAUUCAUAAUAUGAAUACUCAAUACUCAGUAUACAGUAUGCAGUGUAUAUAUCAAUUCUCUGGUGCAGUUAUUUUGUUUGUACAAUUUGGAAAACCUUUUUUUUUUUUACACGAUACUUCAUAGAAGUAUACUAUCACAAAAGUUUGUAUGUUUUUACAAAGCAGUUCUUAAGAUGUGCAUUGUUCACAAUUAAUGUUUGAUUGUCCACUAUAAAACAAGUAAACUGGAUUAAAUCAAUCACAUUUACCC